AGUGAUUCGUCUUAGCAAUAGACAAUCUUUGACUAUUUCUCCGUGCGCCACUGAGCUGACGGACCAGCUAGAGACAGAAGCUGCGCGUAGCCUACGUUAUCUACAGCAGAGGCCAACCAAAGAGGAGGAACCUAACCUAGCUAAGUGCUGUAGUAUUUUGAGUUUCUUCAGAUGUCCAUGGACAACAGAAAGAAGCCAGCAGCUCCUUCCAACUCUGGGAGUUUUGUUUUCUGGUCCUCCUCAUUCCUGCGGCAACCAGCCAGGGUCCUGAUUGUAGAGGCACUGCCACCUUGGUGGUCAGAGACCUCUUCGGUGCUCUGUGAUGCUCUGGAUAACUUCUUGUCCCUGGCCUGUAGUCUGGAUGGACCUUGUAGGGUACCGCUACUCAGCCUGUACGCCAUCAGCAGGCAGCAGGAAUGUCUGUUGCCAUUUGUGCCGGUUCGUGGUAACUUGGCCAGGCUGCAUUCCUGUGUAGAGGAGCUGAGGUCUAUUCCAGGUGAAGGCUGUAUCAGGGGAGCAGCCAGAGGAGGCGAGCUGCUACGACAGGCAGUGCUAGACAGUCUGCAGCAGUUUAAACAGUACACCAGACAUACCAGUACUGGAAACCAGGCUAACAAUACAUAUUUGGAGGUUACUGUGGUGACCAGCCAGCCAGGGCAGGGCAUUGUCCGCCAGUUGGAGAUGUCGCUCAAAGAUGCUAACCUGGUGUCACUCAAGCGGCUUCUGGUCGUACAGAUCUACAGCGCAGGAGACUGGGGCCAGGACAUUCCCUCACCUGAAGCCACAUACACUGAGACAGAAGAGUGUCUGAUGUUGGGGACAGAGGUCGACCUGCAGCCGGUGGAAAACAGUGUGUUCGCCAUGGAAACGGUGUUGAAGGCAUGGCUUCAAGAGCAGGGAGAAGACAGAGAGCACCUCCACCUCCUGCUGCCAAGCCCCAUGGACAGUCCCACUCCAGUGUGUGUGAAGUGUGACAUGCAGGAGCGUCUGAUAAGCCCUGCACUCAUCCCCCUGCCCCCCAACCUGGGAGUGAGGACUGAGAGCGUCCGGGACUUCCUGGCUGUCACUAAGGGCUCAGCCAAUCAGAGCCCACCGCCACAGAGACUGAAAGUAAUCAAGGUUUUGCGUGCAAACGGGGUGUGUGAGAGUGUGUUGUACGGCCUUCCAUUGGUGAUCCGCCCCACCUCCUGCUGGCAGCUGGACUGGGAUGAAAUGGAGACAAACCACAACUUGUUCCACGCUCUCUGCCACACACUUAAGAGUCGUGAGUUGUUCCUUCUUCUGCAAGUGGAGCCUGUCCAGAGGGCCACAGCUGGUAGCUCAGGUGUGUAUUCUUAUUAUGUCCUCCAGCCGUCCCCGUCUCUCUCCUUCCUUCUGAAGCCCGUGGUCUCCAGAGAGUUGCUGCUGCCCUGCUCACUGCCUGUCUCAACUCAGGACGCUGCACCUGACGCCAUGGAGGCUAUACAGGGUUGUCUCACUCAGCUGGACGAGGAGUUUGUGUUCAACCCUCUCUCUCUGAGCAGUAACCUCUACCAGCACCUCCGGAGCAGAGGCCUGCUCUCACAGCCGCGAUACCCAUACAGGCUCCAGCCAGCUUCUGUCCUCAGAGACCAUCCUAAACCACCAGAGGGCCCUAAAACCACAGCCAGCAGACCUCCUCGGCAGCCACAAAACCCAGGUCGCCAACUGGGAACAAACAGCAAGGUGAGGGCCACUGUGGCUCCGAUGCCCUCCUCCUCCUACCACUCCUCCUCCCUUGGACCCCCUCCUGCUAAGGCCUCCCGUCCGGCUCUGAUGCUCCUCAGCAGCAGCAGUGGAUGCCGCCGGGCCCCGGCUCCUACACAACAGGAAGAAGACGAUCAUGACUCCGUGGUAAUGUAGUAAGAACAACUGGAGGCUGAGUGGAAGAAAGUGGACCAAGAGAGCAAUACACUGACAGAGGCAAGAGAGAGAGAGAGAGAGAAAGAGAAGGAGGCAUUGAAGUACAUUCUUAACAAGUCAUUUAACACACGCGCACUCACACACACACACACACACACACACUUAGCUAAUCUUUCUCCAUUGUAAAGUUUGUGAGUAAUCAGGCACCUCACAAAGCCUUUAAAGACACACUCUAAUUUGCACAUAAAUGUACACAACACAAACACAGUCAAAUGCUGUGAACAGACUGUGAAUACACACUUAUUUUGUGCUGCACUCCGGGUGGUUACAACUUCUUUUCAUCUCUAUUUAUUCUCACCACACAAACAACAUUAGCUAGAUGUGAAUUGAACAAC